CUGAGAUAACCCGCACUAGCAAAAAAGACAAGCUCUGUUCAUGGAGUUUUUUUUGGUGAUAACCACCUACGAUUCGAUUCAACUAUCAGGUAUCCGAGAAGAAGACAUAAAUAAAGAAAGGUAGGUUAAAGUGGAGAAGGAGACGAGCUUGAGAAAGAAAUGAUUUGUAAUUGACGUCGAUUUCCUAUUUGGCAUCUACUCAUCAAAAUCCAGCCACGUAUGUAAUAUCUAUGAAUUGGUAACCUGAAAAUAAAAAAAUAAAAAAUAAAUAACUUUACAUUUUAAUAAUGUUUGGGUAAAUUCAGUAAUUUAGGGCUUUUAUUUCAUUUCCCCUUUUCAAUAAACCAUUAAACCACCAGUUACCAGUAAAGCCUAUCAGCGGCGCCUCCUUCUCUUUCUGUUCACCGCCGUAGACAUUCCAGUUAAUCGAUUUGAGAUCUUUGAAUAAUUUUACCAGCUGAGAUAGGGUGGCCUUAGGUACAUAAUAAAGAUCUAAGCAAAUACCAAAUGGUAUGGAAAGUAGUGAUGAGAAGAUGUUGGUGCUUAAAUCAGAUGUGAUGGCUUUCAUCGAAGGUCAAUAAAGGGUCUGAAGUGAAUUUUGAUUUGCAAAUUACUAAAUAUACAGCAGAGAAGUCAGAAGAGAUAGAUGUCACAGCGAGGUGUUUGGCAGCUUCAGAAGUUGACAGUGAGCUACUGUAAUUGGGGUGGAAGUAGCAGGGGGAUUAGGGCAUUUAUGGAGUCGCAGUUGGCAGCAUUUAAAGAAAGCAAUCCUCAGCUAGAGGUGGUUACAGAGCUUAACCGUGGUCAACAUCCAUUUCUGAAGGGAGCAUACAAGAACAAGAAUGAGCGGGUGGUAUCUGUGAUGAACAUGAGUCCAGAAGACGUGCUGCUUUGUGCAACCAGGCUUAGAAAUUCACUUGGAAGAAAGGUGGUGAAGCUCAAGACCAGACAUGUCACCAAACACCCCAGUGUACAAGGAACCUGGACAAUAGACUUGCAGAUCUGAUCUGCUGCUACAUUUCUUUUAUAAAACUACAUGUAUUAACUCUCAUCUCAAGGAUCAUACAAUUUGGCAUCAUUAACAAAAACUUAACCAGUUACCAGCCUCUCAACUCUAUCAUUGAUG